AGUAAAACAUAUGUGGUUAUCACAGGUUAGCCAUAUUGUCUUUAAUGAUUUUCAGAUAAUAAUUAAGAUGAGCAUUGUUGGUUAAGCUAAAGAUAUGAUAAAUUAAUAAAUUAAUAAGUGAAAAUAGUGUUGAUGUAUCCUUCCUUAUUCAUUGCAGCAGGUUGGCCAACCAUACCAGUCACAAAAGUCUGGAGCACACUGAUUAUGCUUUUAACCAGCAUAGGAAAGUGUUCCAAAAUCCAAAUUCUUUUGACACUGGGAAAUUUAGGGUAAAUAUACCUGCUAAAAGUGCUCCAACCAGUGGUUUUUCAAGUCCUGUACGUAGUCCUCGAAGAUUGAGUAAUGUGGACAUUUCCACUUCUGGCAUUGUCCCUCAAGGUUCUCAACAUUGGUCAUCUCCAGAGAUCCCUUCUAAAGAUAUGAUGACAAUUUUUUCACCCCAAGCUUCACCUGAGAAAAUUAUCAGCAGUCCUGAACGCUCACCACUUUAUAGCCCAGCAAGAAAAAGUCCUGUUAUACGAUCAAGAAAUGCUAGUGCACCUCCAUCACCGCUGCAUUCGAAGAAGUUCUCUGAAAAUCCUGUCACUUGGCAUGAAAGGAGUAAUAUUAGUGUCCACCCACUGCCUCUCCCUCCAGGAGCUCCAGCUCCUUCACAAUCAAGUUUUGAUCAUCAGACUGCCACAAAAGCUGAGGUAUUACCAAUGACAGGGCAAUGGCAGAAGGGCAAACUUAUCGGAAGUGGUACAUUUGGGAAUGUGUAUGAAGCCACCAACAGGCACACUGGAGCUUUAUGUGCAAUGAAAGAAGUCAAUAUAAUUCCCGAUGACUCCAAGUCCGCUGAAUCUUUAAAACAGCUGGAGCAGGUCUGAUCUUCAUAUCAUCCU